AUGAGAGCAGAGAUUGUUGCUUCAGAAAAAAAUGUUAUUUCAGAUACGAAAUUAUACUAAUUUUAGAUAAAUAAGGAGGAAAGAUCUAAAUGUAGAAUUACUUUCUCCUUUUCUUGUUUUGGUAAUUUUUUAAAGUAUAGAAGGGUCAACUUAAGGUGUUAAUACAUUACUUAAUACAAAUAUGUCAAUUACUUGUAGAAUAGAAAAUAUGAAUAAAUGAAAUGCUAUUUUAUGAGAAUAGAAAAUAGUUUCAAUGUUUAGAAUAUUUUGUUGAAAUAUUAGAUUUUAUUAACUAUUAAUUUGAUUUUAGAAAAAUAUAUAUGGGUUAAUUUUCUAAAUGAUACGACUAAUAGAGAGAAUAUAUUAAAAUAAUUGAGAAAGAAUAAGAAUAUUGUAGAUAAUGAAAAGUAAAAGAAUCAAGAUUAAAUUGAAAUGUGUUUGAAAAUUAUUAGAUAAAAGAAGUUAUUAAAAUAUAAAUGAAUUUUGCAGUUGCAUUUAAUAUAGAAGUUAAAGAAAAUUAAUUAGGUGAAAAAAUAACAGAAUUUAAGACAAUCUGAAUAGAGAACAAGCNCUUAAUACAAUAUAUUAUUAUUUAAAUCAAAUAACCCUUUAAGAGGCAAAUGCAGUGAUUGGGUGAAUGGAUUCUGCAUAUUAAGGGAUCAUUUUGAAAAGAUUAUAUAUUCCCAAAAGGACAAGCGCUGUAAUAACGGCAGAUUACUUAUUAAAGGUUAUAACAGAACGCGUCUUUAGAAUUAAGCAAUCAGAGGAUAAAAUGGAUAGCUUUUAGAUAAAGCAAGUUCAUAAUAAUUAUGGAGCGCCUUUUAAGUUAUAUAGAUUGGCAAACCAUGGGGAUUUGACCAAUUUCACCCUCCAGAUAAAAAUAGGAUAGCUAAUGUGUUGUACACACUUCAACCCAAUCAUUCUAUAUUCAAAAAUUCAAUUCUAUAGUGCAUUUCAAUAUUAUCCUAAGACGAUAUCAAGCAUCAAUAAUAUUUAUAAUUAGGAUCAUAUAUUCAUUAUUGA